AUGGGAAUCGGGGGAACCGGCAUGGGACGGAAGACGCGUGCAUGGAUGAAGGGGGUGCGCACGGCGAAGGGAAUGCAUGGGUGGGCGAGGGGCAACGAAGACGACUGGCCCCACGAGGACGAGGGCGGGGCAGGGCAUGAAGCAAUGGCAGAGCGGCGCAAAGAUGGCACAGACGCGCACGGAGCGGGAGGGCAAGAUUCACUUCCUUGGACGUUUCCUUCCCCCUUUCCCUCCCCUUUUCUCUCCCCUUUUCCCUCCCCUUUUCCCUCCCCUUUUCCCUCCCCUUUUCCCUCCUCUUUUCCCUCCCCUAUUCCUUCCCCUUUUCCUUCCCCCUUUCCUUCCCCUUUACUUUCCCUUUUCCCUCCCCUUUUCUUCCCCUUUUCCCUCCCCAUUUCCCCCUUUCUUUUCGUGCUGCGCCUACCCGAAGCUCAUGGUGCGUCUGGAGUCCCUUCCCCUCUCCCCCCUCUUUCCCCCUCCGCCCCCCACUUUCCCCCUUUUUUUCCUCCGUGCUGCGCUUACCCGAAGCUCAUGGUGCGACUGGAGUCAACGGGGGAGACGGCGGGGCCGGUGGGGCCGCACGGGGACAGCGGGAACGCCGGCAGCUUAGCGCAUCCGGCGGAGGAACAGUCGGCGAGAUUAAGGACCACGCCGCCCGACAGCAUUAGGUAG